AUGGCAGACCUCAACUUACAGGAGAUACAUGACACGUUGAUCUCGGUGGCCCACGAGGCCGGGCGCAUGAUGCUGGCCGCAAAUCCCACCGACAUCGACACAGGAACGAAGCUCAACUCCGCAGACAUCGUGACCGAAACCGACAAGGCAGUCGAGACGCUCGUCUCAAAACGCCUCUCAGCCGCCUACCCGUCCUUUGAGUUCGUCGGCGAAGAAACCUACAAGCCAGGCGUCACAAAAGUGACGUCCGCACCAACCUUCAUCGUAGACCCGAUCGACGGCACCACCAACUUCGUGCACGGCUUCCCCUCGGCCUGCAUCUCGCUCGGCUUCGCCGUCGACCGCGCCCCCGCCGUCGGCGUCGUCUACAACCCCUGGCUGGACCAGCUGUGGACCGCCAUCCACGGGCAGGGCGCGUUCCUGACGGUCGGCGCCGUCUGGGGGCUGGAGGGCGGCAAGGGUAGGCGGCAGAAGCUGCCGCUGGCGAAGAACCCGGCGCCCCUGGCGGGGCUGGAUACGGCGCUGGUCGGCAUUGAGUGGGGGAGCAGUCGCGAUGGCGUCAAUUACGAGGUCAAGACUGAGGUUUUCAAGAAGCUGUGCGCGUCGAAGGAGACGGGGGGCGUGAUGGUGCAUUCGCUGCGCAGUAUGGGGAGUGCGGCCCUGAAUCUGUGUGCGGUCGCAGCAGGGAGUCUGGAUCUCUAUUGGGAGGGCGGAUGCUGGGCGUGGGACGUCUGCGCGGGCUGGGCCAUCCUUACUGAGGCCGGUGGCAUCAUGGCCGGCGGCAAUCCGGGCGAUUGGGAGCCCACGAUCGAUGGGCGCAAGUACCUUGCUGUUCGAGGCGCGGCGAGCGGGCAGAAGGACAUCGUUGAGGCGUUUUGGAAAGUUGUCGGUACGGGACGGAUGGAAUAUGAAAGCUGA